UCUGCAAGAGAGAGGGAGGCACGGGGGGAGAAAGGAGCGGGUGAUGCAGCAGCAGCAGCAGCCUGAGCUACUCGCUCACACCAAGCUGAUUUAUUCAUAAAGCGCGGAGACAGACGGCGGAUACCCCGGAGUGGACACCGAGAGCAAGCAGGAGGGAUCGGAGCUGCGUUUGAUGGGCAGCAUCAGCAGCAGCAGGGACAUUAUCUACUGAAGGAGAAAGCAGCGAGUGCAGCAGUGAAUCCACGGGCAGCAGAUAGAUGCAGCAGCAGCAGCAGUGACACGUGUCGGUUGGUCUUGUUGCGAGGUCGGCUGCUGGCAACCGCAGCGGUGGCCGUCAACUGUUGAAAGAGCAGCAAGAAGACGGCUUAAGAAGCAGGGAUAGAGGCAACUGUGGCAACAGCAGCCACAACAACAGGAGGGAGGGCUGCAACAGCGUUAGGAGCCGCAGCAGCAGCUGUAUCACUUGCAGCUUCAGUAACAUUGCCAGUAAGAUCAUCAUCAUCAGCAGCAGCAGCAGUGUUAGUACCAGCAGAAAAAAGCAGCAAUUGUAUUUGCUGCAGCAGCAUCAGCAGCAGCAUCAUCAUUGAGCGUCAGCAGCCGCAACAGCAGCAGCACUUUCCACAGCAGGAAGAGUAGCGGUAGCAACAGCAACGGUAGCAGCAGCAGGAGGAUCAGCAGCAGUAUCAUCAACAGCAGCAGAACCAAUCGCCGUUGCAGCUUUAGUGGCAGGAGUAUUACCAGCAUCAACAGCAGCAGCAGCAUCAGCAGCAUCAGCUAUCAUCAUCAUCAACAGCAGCAGCAGCUAUAGUGGUUGCAGUGAUAUCAACAGCAGCAGGAUCAGUAUCAGCAGCAGGAUCAAUCGCCGUUGCAGAUAUAGUGGCAGGAGUAUUAUCAGCAUCAACAGCAGCAGCAGCAUCAGCAGCAGCUAUCAUCAUCAUCAUCAACAGCAGCAGCAGCAGCUAUAGUGGCUGCAGUGUCAUCAGCAGCAGCUAUCAUCAUCAUCAACAGCAGCAGCAGCUAUAGUGGCUGCAGUGUCAUCAGCAUCAGCAGCAGCUAUCAUCAUCAUCAACAGCAGCAGCAGCUAUAGUGGCUGCAGUGUCAUCAGCAUCAGCAGCAGCUAUCAUCAUCAUCAACAGCAGCAGGAUCAGCAGCAGGAUCAGCAUCAGCAGGCGAUGGGCAAGCAGAACAGCAAGCUGCGGCCGGAGGUGCUGCAGGACCUGCGUGAGAACACCGAGUUCUCGGAGCACGAGCUGCAGGAGUGGUACAAGGGCUUCCUCAAGGACUGCCCCAGCGGCAGCCUCACGGUGGACGAGUUCAAGAAGAUCUACGGCAACUUCUUCCCGUACGGCGACGCGUCCAAGUUCGCCGAGCACGUGUUCCGCACCUUCGACGCCAACGGCGACGGCACCAUCGACUUCCGCGAGUUCAUCAUCGCGCUGAGCGUGACGUCGCGCGGCAAGCUCGAGCAGAAGCUCAAGUGGGCCUUCAGCAUGUACGACCUGGACGGCAACGGCUACAUCAGCCGGGCCGAGAUGCUGGAGAUCGUGCAGGCGAUCUACAAGAUGGUUUCGUCCGUGAUGAAGAUGCCAGAAGACGAGGCGACUCCGGAAAAGAGAACCGAUAAGAUCUUCCGCCAGAUGGACACCAACCAGGACGGCAAACUCUCUCUCGACGAGUUCAUCCGAGGAGCCAAGAGCGACCCCUCCAUCGUGCGCCUGCUGCAGUGCGAUCCCUCCAGCGCCACGCAAUUCUAGUGGCAGCUGCGGGGGGGGGGGGGGGGGGACGGGGGGCUGUGGCGAGAUUGUGGACUCGCCAAACGCAUCGAUCGGGCCCCGUCGUGGUGGGAGACAAAGGGUCGGAGGUCAAAUCCUGACGACCCUCGCCCCCUCGCUGCGGGGAUGCGGCAGUGCUGACCGUCACGCCUCCUCCUCCUUCUUCGCACGCACAUGGCAGCCGUCGAGACCAAGUGAGAGACGACACGGGGGAUGAGGGAGACACGGGGGAUGAGGGAGA